CGGCAAAGCCUGAACUGUACCCUGUGGUUGUGGUUCGUGGCGGGAUGCCAGAGGUUAAAUCUACCAAGUCAAUGACAGAAGGAGGGCAUGUUACCCAUACUUCUGCCCACUGGCCUGCACCCUGUCAUCAUUACAUCUACAGAUCAGGCUCUGUAUCGACGCCCGAGGGAUCCCAGAGUUCCAGCUACACCUGUGGAGCCACGUUGCAGAGCGACUACGGGCGGUGCCGCGUGUCGUCCCCUGGCUGCGUGCUGGCGCUGGCCUCCCCCGCGUCCUCCGUGGGCCCUCACAACUCGGACGUGUCCAGUCUGCCGCCCACUUCGCCGCCUUCGCCGCCUGCGCCCACCUCCCCGACGUUGCCGCCCUCCCCGGCCACCAGAGAGCUUCGCGACGUCCUUCAGAAGAUCAGUCAGCUUCCCGGCGCCGCCUCGCCGCCUCCGCUCACGCCCGGCCCCUCCCCGCUCUCGCCCUGCUGCCCGCCGCACUACCGCCCCUCUGACGAGGCGCUCCACCUGAUGGACCGCUCCCUUCGCCGCCACUACAGUCCUCCGCCCCGCCAGCGCGCCCGGCGUCCCUUAGGGGCCUCUCUGUCCCUAGACGUCGCCGCCCCAACACGCCCGCGGUCCCUGCCCCUCACAGCCGUCACGCCCUCCUCUCCCCCCUGCCUGAACGACCCGCCUUCGCCCCUCCUCCCGGCGUCCACGUCCACGCCCAACCUGGCGGCCGCCUGGCCCUCGCCCUCGGGCCGCACCAUGCUCGUGGCGGCGCUGGUCGACGGCGAGCGCGUCGUGCAGCGGCCCGCCAUGGAGGGGGACCCGGAGCCGCUGGCCCCGGGCGAGGGCGACGGCGAGUGGGGCAGGGACGCCACGGACAGGCGCUUCAGGUGGAGGGCGAGGGACAGGUCGGCGGAGCGAGUGUGAUGGAACAGCGAGAGAAGAUUCCUCCUCCAGUCGCCUUCGUCGCCGAAGCGAGAUGCAGCUGGCUUCGGCGGGAGAGAACGCGUCCAGGACAAGCCCGAAGGACAAGUACCAAAACACAAGGAAUGAGCAGUGCCUACAAACACACCUCUGGUUGGCCCAGAACAUUGAUAAUUGGGAAAGUGAAACCAUAGCAUCAUUUCGCGAAAUAUAAUCAUUUAACUCCAUAUAAACGUCAUAUUAUUGCGGCAGCGUUCGCAUGCGUCUUCAAAACGUCUAAAAAAACAGCAGAUGGCCCAGCGAAAAUGAAUGAGACAGCGUUUUAAAAGUGUAAGAAGUGUAAUAUUUCUUUAAAAUGGUAGUGAAUGAACAAUGAAUGCCAGCUUGUAGGAUAUAACAACCCACUUCCGACGACGAAGUUAGAACAAUAACCAAGCGAAAGAAAAGGUCAUGAGCAGUCCGGCAACUUCGCUUAAGUCAAGUCAGGUCAGCCACGCUUACCCCCCCCCCCCUCCCCCACACUUCACAAGCCACCCUUUGCCUCUUUCUCUAUCCUCGCUGCCACUUCGAGGACGCAAGGCUCCCCUCGCCUCAUGUUCGCUUCCACUUACUUGCCGCUCGCUGGUUUCGGUGAAGAACUCGGUCUUCCUCGCCCCCUCUCCUCCCCUCUCCUCCAAGAACUUCUGCUGCGGUUCCUCGCCUCAUUAGUCUUUGUAUUUCAGCGAGUUUAUUGUGAAUCGCGUCGCUUCGAGAGCUUGUUUAGAUCGGCUUUGCUCGAGUUUUUAGAUAGGUAGUCCGCAACGCUAGCGUUUAUUUCUCCUGAAGAGGGGAUUUUAGGAACUUCUUAAAGAAAGGGACUCCCAGAACUUCUUUCAGGGUUUCAAGAGGGUGACACCCACAACUUCUUUGGCCGCGACACAUGUGAUUCCCCAUUCAAAACUGCCAUGACCUCGCUUCGAAGGUCAUCUCGAACUGACCUAGCCUGUCAGACCUGCGUGGGAUGCCAAGCAGCCAUAAACGGUGCUCUUAGUUCAUGACUAUGAAGAGUUCAUGACUGUUCCAGUUUAUGUCCAGUCUUUCACGCACACGCUCAUCUUUGACGAAAAUGAACAAAGACUUCAAUGCUAUUCUUAAAGUUGCACUUCAACAGUACCAUUCAACUUCAACGCCACUCCGUGUAGAGAACUCUCGUGCAAUCUGCAGUCUGUUUUGCGAGUUCAUUCUACCAGCUUAUUUUGAAUUUUCAGGAGUACAUCAUUAUAUACAUAAGG